CCAUUGCUCACGCUUCCCUCCCCCCUCUCUCGGCCGCGCUUCGAUAAUCUAGAAGCUUCCCUCAAGAAUGGCGUCGACCCCGGAUCUCGAAGAUGGUCUCACCGACUACGAGCGCCUUCGCGAGGAGAACAUCCGCCGAAACGGGGCUAUGCUUGCAUCCGUCCGCCGCAAGGCCGACGAGCUCUCCGCCGCCAUCCGGUCCGCUAAUCCUAAACGAGGGCGCGGGCGUCCCCCCGGGCAGACCGGUAAGAAGCCCGGUAUUAAGCCCGAGCCCCUGGCCAGCUCCAUCGUACUCCGCUCCAGCGGCCCCUCUCCCGCCUACCUCCUCCCGGAACCCCACGGCGGAGGCACCCACCUCUCAUCCUCCCUUGCGUCCUCCAUCCUUGGGGCUGCCUCGUCUUCCCCAGCGGAGGCCAAGACUCGCGCGGACGAUUUCGAUGCCGGGAAGGAGCUGGUGCUGAAACCCGCGCACGUGAGGAGGGUGGUGACCUCCCGUGUACUGUCGAUGCGGGUCCUUCCGCUCGUCGACCGGACCGUGGUGGCGGCGGGAGACAAGUUCGGGAAUAUUGGGUUCUGGGACGUCGACGGUGUCUCGGAGGAUCAGGAUGGCGACGGUACAGGCGUGCUGUACCGCUAUUUGCCACACAAGAGCCGUGUGGCGGCAAUCGUGGCGCACCAAGCGGCACCACAGAAGAUUUACAGCUGUAGCUAUCAGGGUGAAAUUUGUCUUAUGGACUUUGAGAAGGAGAACUUUAAUAUGGUCCAUUUGUGUGAAUCUCCUGUUUAUUCGCUCUGUCAAGCACAAAAUCGUGUCAGAUGCCUAUAUUUUGGUGAUGGAAAUGGUGACCUGACACUUUUCGAUGAGCGUGUGGGUAAGGUAUCAACCAAAUGGGAUGUGCAUGACGAGAGAAUCAACUCAAUAGAUUUUCAUCCGGAGAACACACAUAUGCUUGCUACCAGUUCAAGGGAUCGAACAGCCUGUAUAUGGGAUGUGAGAAGUAUGAAAACGAAGGAGCCAGAUAGCUUGAAGGUUUUCAAACUUGACGGACCUGUUCAGUCAGCUUAUUUCUCACCUAGUGGCUGCAUAUUAGCAAUAACAAGCCACAGCCUUCAUGGUACUGUUCGAGUAUUUAGCAUGGAUGACUUUGAUAAGUCGCAUGAGCAUAACCAGGCAGGCAGUUUGCUUCAUAAAUUCAAGGUAAUCUGGGGUUGGAACGACACUGACCUAUAUGUUGGAAACAUGAGUAAGGCAAUAGAUAUUAUCUCAGUUGAUGUCAAUGACAGUGGCCUCUCGGCUCGGAAAAACACAUGUCUUUGGAGUGAAUAUAUGACAUCCGUUCCAUGCCAGUUAUCUGCACACCCAUAUAAAGUUGGCCAUCUUGCUUGUGCAAAUUGCUGUGGCAAGGUGUUCCUUUGGACCAGUGCUUAAAUAAAAAAGAUCUCCAAUGGCUGACUUGUGAACUGGUCCUGGGCUCCGGGCUCUCUUAUUCCUAAGUAAUGCUUGAAAGAUUACUUUUAUUAUGAUGGCUGUAACAUGUUGCUGGAGCCGAAGAAAUGUAUCAUAUUUAGUAAGUAUAAAAGCAGGGUAUAUCACUGUCUUUGAUGUUUUAGUUGGUGGACCUGCUGAAUGUUGUGCUAUGAGGAAUAGAUAGAUUCUCUUGACCCGAGAAGUUCUGAUAUAAAACUGUAUUUGCAGUAACAACGCUGUAUAGGUUGGUACUCUCUCGCUCUAAAUACUUGUCACAUGUUCAAUGAACCUACACAGAUUUUAGCCUACAUUCUGCAUAAAUCUGCCACAAGUAUUGGAGGCCAGAGGGAGUAGUAUUAUACAUGCAAAUAUAAGUAUUUCCCCUAUCUACCGUGUCAUUCUUCUUGUCCUGUGGUGAUGCCAUAACUGAUGUGGUGUGAUACAGGAUCAGAGUAUUGCUGCGUGCUUGCCACAUGAAGCCAUUGACAUGUCAUACAUAGCUCCUCCGAUCAAGAUGUUU